AUGACGGUCCGGUCUUUCACAUUAAAGCGAAUUGAAGCGUUAUUAUUUAUCUACGGGUUAUCUUUGAAUAAAAGAAAAUGUUUAAUUAUAUUUCUUUCACUUCGGUCCGGUGUUUACGACAAAAACGACUCGUUACACGGCUGUGCAAAUGUUCCGAAUGUUUCAUUAAAUAUUAGGUUUUUCUACAAUGGUAAAGCUCGCGGGUUGGAAUUCGUUGAACAAAAAUUCAUGAAAACAAUGGAAAAGUUCAAUCCUGAACGAGUCAAUUCGUCAUCUUCUAGUUUUGAGGACAAUGAGAUCGUACACGUUACACUUCCAGACACUUCGACCUAUUUGAGCGUCACCACCGUGCUCAAUUACUGCAAAAGUAAAAUAUUGACGCCUUAUUUGCGAUUUUUGAGCUUCGUAGGACUCAGAUCGUUUAUGAACCAACAUGAAAUCUGUAUUCACAAAACAGUCUACAAUAUCGCAUAUCUUCUGUUUGCUGUCGGAUUUAUGAUAGUAGGGUAUGUUUUACAGUAUAUGUCAUGCUUUCGAAGAGAAAGAGGUUUCUGCUACAUGUAUGUAACAAGAAACAAGACUCUAAUGGCCGAAUACGAAACAAUUAUACACGAAACAUGCGAGGCGUCUAUAAUUUUCAGUUUCAUACUACCCAGCAUCUUGCAUUUAGUGGCUUAUUUGCAUUUGAUAUUCGUCUUCAGAAAUACCGACGACGAUCAAUUACCUAUUCUAAUGGAAAGGGUAUUCUUGGCAUCUACUUCGAUUUCUAACGGCUUCAUUAGUCAGCGUAGAUUAGUGAGAACGCUUAGAGUGUUUUUUACAAUAAGCCUAAUAUGGUUAACUCUUUCCUUCGCUGUGGUCAAUUACAUGAUGUUAAAUGGCGAUGUAGCUUUCAAGUGGAUCACAAGAAGUCCACACCAGUUGACAAUGUUUUUGAAGAUAGUCCUGGUGAUUAGUACAUUGUGGCAGGACCUCAUACAAUGUACUAUAAUUUCGAAUUACUGUCUGCAAGCUGAGUUGCUUAGAUCCUUCGUUCGGUUUAUGAGAGAAAGGCUGUUGCAGAGUCCCGUGCUGCCAUUGGAAUGGAUGAGGGACAUCGAAGACUUCAAAAAGUUGCUGUACUAUUUCAACCAGAAAAUUUCGCCGUCCGUUUGCUUACUGAUAGUAAUGAAUUUAUCGUAUGCCCUGUCUGGAACGCUUUGGUUAUUUCGGUAUCAUAUUAUCGAUAAAGAGACGUUACCAAUAUUCGGUUUUAGCUUGCUGAAUAUUCUCCUGUGGGCCUUCAUGGCUCUAGCACCUUUUAUACAGGCAGCAAGGCUAUCCAAUUCCUGCGAGAUCCUGAAGACAGUCGGGCAGGAAUCAAGGGCUCGCCCGUACGUCCACCAAGAUACUCCCACGUUGGAACUGGAUUCAGUUUUGCUUUACACCACUAGUUUAAAAAUAAACGCUCAACUUUUCUACCUGCCCAUCACGGGGAGAACAUUAUUCUUUUGCUUAACCAUAGGCGGAAUUGUUAUACUGACAUUGGGCCAAUGUCACUAUUUUACUACAUCAUAA